AACCAACACACACCUCUUUCCUUUAUUUAGAUCCGAUCUCUGGUUCUCAUCUAUUUUUCUUAAUCAGCACCAUCCAAGGAUAUCCAUUUUGCCAUCAAAAAUUACUUACACAUUUGUCUGUCAUUCAUCGCCAUUCAAGGUGUUCGUCGUCACUCACAUGACUUGUCGAUUGAAUAAGUGGUGUGUCAUUCAUCAACUUGUGAUAUAUCAGAUUCUCGACAUAAAUCAAAAGACUUUUAGGGAUGGACCGGUCAGAACCGGCGUGGAACUUGGGGCCUCAUUCAUGCCAAGUAGAAGUCCAUGGUGUGAGAACUUGAAGGAGAAUGUGAAUGUAUGAUUUUGGCUACAAAAGCGGUGUUUCGCCUCUCCUAACGCAUUUCCACGAAUGGGCAUUUUUUCCCUGGUUUGGUUUUAAAUUAAAGCAAAGGUCAUGCGAGAAAUAUAUUACGCCAAAUCACAAAUGAUUACCCAAGAGGGGAUCAACUAACCACCCCCUUGGCUCCUCUACUGUCUAUAAAUAAUGCAGCAAGACCAACCCAUUCAUUGUAUAGUCAUAUACAUUUAUUUUAUAACUAUAUUGAGCAAACAAUUCAAUUCAAAGUCGCAUAUAUGGAGAGAGGCAAUAGGGACUUGGCUUGGAGAAACUAUCAAACUGUUCAAGAAAAUCAGAAGCUGAUUCUAGAGAUUGAUCGUUGGAGCAAGAAGAAUGAGGCAUUGAAGGCUGAGAUCAAAGAUUUGCUCGCUCUAAAAGCAAAGUUAAGUGAGAAGCCUGAAGGCUCUGGACACACUAGUGAUCCAACCAAGAUCAAACCCAACCCAUCCAACCCCCCAAAUUAAUAACAAAGUUAAUCUCUUUGUUUAAGAUCGGCCACCCAUUAUUCGAGUGUUUUGCUUUGUGUGUGUGUAGUGUUCAAGGUUUAAUUUGAGUGUUCAGUUGUUGCAGUUGUACUUAUUUGUCAUGGCCGGAAAAAUAUAAAAUGGUUUGGGAAAGAUAAAAAAAAUAAAAACGUGUCUAAUUUGAGUUGUUGUGGUGUGCAUUUUUAUGUGUGUUUGAGCCCAAUGAACACUAGUUGUGG